CUGCGGUUAGGUUAUGGCCGGUGUGUUUUUUGCUUCAUCUGUAGCAUAUCAGACUGAGAGAGAGCUCUGUUAGGAUAUAACUUACGGUUCCAUUUUAGAAACAAUUUGUGCACCUGUCUGUCAGGACCCUUCGAUAUGUCACUUUAGCUGCCCCUCGAGGAUGCCUGACCAUGCUUCGUCCCUAAGCAGACAGACAAAGCGGCGCCGCGUGGACAUCGGGGUGAAGAGGACUCUGGGAAGUGUAGUGUUUUCCAGAGCAAGAGAGACCCUCCUACUCAACGCCAUGAACCAAUCCCAUGGCCCCAAGCAGGACGGAGACUGCUCGUUGGUCCCUCACAGCUAUGGUGGGUCCAAUGGGGAUGGAGCGAAGUCGAAUGUUCUCAGGAAGCUUCUGAAGCGAGCGAACUCGUACGAAGACGCCAUGAUGCCUUUCCCUGGCACCACCAUCAUCUCUCAACUGCUGAAGAGUAACAUGGGGAAGAAUGGAGACAGAGAGGGAGGCUUCCAGGGUAGUGGAGGUCUCUCCAGCGCUGGGUCAGAUCUCCAAGCUGAAGAUGUCUGCAGCAACUCCUCCAGAGACAGCCCCCUCGCGCUCUCUCCCUCCCCCUCCUCCCCCUGCCUCCCCCCAUUUGGCCGCCCCCCCCUUCCUCCUCAUCCCCCGCUCACCUCUCUGGACCUGGAGCGCCUCACAGACGAGCACCUGCGUGCCAAACGGGCCAGGGUGGAGAACAUUAUCCGGGGCAUGAGCCAUUCCCCCUGCGUUGCUCCGCCUUCCCUCCGGCCUGGAGAAAGGGACAGGGACAGGGAAGGAGACCGAGAGACAGGGAACGAGAGGGUGAGAAGAGAGAACAGGGAAAGGGAGAGGGAACGGGACUGUCCCCCACUGCAGUCUCCCAGCCCUGGGUCUCUAUCUAGAGGGAGAGGGGAGGAGUACAAGGAGAGCCGGGGGGAGACUAGAGGAGAGGUGUACAGGGAGAACAAGAGAAAGCAGCGUCUCCCACAGCAGCAACAGCAGUCCUUUACUCAGCUGGUGUGUGUCAGACAGGAGCAGAGACAAGAGGAGAGACGACAACUCAAACUACAGCUAGAGGAUAUGCAGAAACAACUUCGUCAGCUGCAGGAAAAGUUCUACCAGAUCUAUGACACUGAGACUGAGGAGGAAAAAGGAGGAGGAGGAGAGGAGGAGGAGGACAGAGAGAACGAGAGAGAGUUGGGGAGAGGAGGAGGAGGGGAGGAGGAGGAGGAGGAGAACAGAGAGAACGAGAGAGAGAAGGAGAGAGGAGGAGGGGAGGAAGACGGGAACCUGUCGGAGGACAGUGUCCGCUCCGACGGUUUGGAGGACAGACACAGGGACCACCACGGCAACCGUAACCGUGCCGAUCGUAUCCACGGCGACUUGUCAGAGUUGCUUGACGACCCAGGUCUGUUUCUGGACCGAGCCAGAGCCCUGCUCCGAGAACAGGCCCUUUUGGAUGGGGAGAGGGAGGAGGACGAGAGAGAGGAGGGAGAGGGGGAGGGGGGGGAGGAGAGUGAUUGGGGCCGAGGCGAGAGAGGGGUUGGAGGGGGGACGAUGCGAGCAGAGGGGAGGCAGCUAGCCGAGACUCUGAAACAGGAGCUGAACUCUGCCAUGUCGCAGGUGGUCGACACCGUGGUUAACGGGUUCAACCACAAACCCCCCAACCAUCAUCAUCUUCAACAUCAUCCUCAUCACCGUGGCUCCCAAAACACCCCCUCUGCCACCAACACUGUCUCACAGGCUCCUUCCCCCUUCCCCCCCUCCCUCACCACUGACUCUCAAAGCCCCAUCUUCCACUCAGCCAACCAGAGGCUGCCAUGCUUCGGCGAUGUCAUCAUCCCUAGCCCGCUGGACUCGUUCGUGGGUCUCAGCGUCCCUACGGCCGGCGACCAGACAGAGGCACUACCUCUUGUGGUCAGGAAGACCAACGCCGACCCACAACACCGGAACCCCUCUCUCCCUCCUCCUUACCCCCACCACCCCUCCCUCCAUCCCUCCCCCCUCUCCGCCUCUCUGGGGUUCUCCCCUCCCUCCUUCCGACACCCCUUCUCCCUCCCUCUCAUGGGAUACCCCUUCCAGAGUUUCCCCAAAGACCAGCGCUCCCCCCCUGAGUCCAUGGACGUCUCCAGGGAAACUGUGGGGCUGCGGACCAAGAUGGGGUCGGGCGGGGGCGUCCAUUUUGUCUCCCACCACCACCACCACAGGCAGAGCACUCCGCCCCAACAUGGAGGAGGGAGCGAGGGGCUGUCGCUCGUCAAGUCAGAGUGUGGAGAGCUCCAGGACAUGGCUGACAUAUCGCCUUAUUCAGGGAGUACCAUCCAGGAGGGCUUGUCUCCCAACCAUCUGAAGAAAGCCAAACUCAUGUUCUUCUACAGCAGAUACCCCUCAUCCAACAUGCUCAAGACAUUCUUCUCAGACGUCAAGUUUAACCGGUGCAUCACGUCUCAGCUCAUCAAGUGGUUCAGUAACUUCAGAGAGUUCUACUACAUCCAGAUGGAGAAGUUUGCCCGGCAGGCCAUCAACGAGGGAGUGACCACUAACGAGGACCUCGCUGUGGGCAGGGAGUCUGAGCUCUUCCGGGCCCUUAACAUGCACUACAACAAGGCCAAUGACUUCGAGGUUCCAGAGCGUUUCCUAGAAGUGGCCCUUAUCACAUUGAGGGAGUUUUUCAACGCCAUAGUAGCAGGAAAAGACGUGGACCCAUCCUGGAAGAAGGCCAUCUAUAAAGUGAUCUGUAAACUGGACAGUGAGAUGCCAGAGGUCUUCAAAUCACCCAACUGUUUGCAGGACCUGCUACAUGAAUAACGUGAUAUGAAAUAACAUGACAUCCCGCUGGGCACACACUGGUUGAAUCAAUGUUGUUUCCACCUCAUUUCAAUAAAAUUAUGUUGAACCGAUGUGGAAUAGAUAUUGAAUUGACGUCUGUGUGCAGUGGAAUAACGUGACGUUUCGGAACAAGAGUGAAUGUCCGGCUGCACUUAGAGAGGUGUUAGGUGUUGUAGAGGUGUGUAAAAACAUUAAGGUCCACACUCAACAACAAAAAAAUUAAAAUAAAGAAAUACAUUUUUUUAAAGUUACAAAGUUUUGUUUUAAAAAACUGUACAAAAUUCACAGUUUUUAAUUACAUUUAAACGCCACGUGUUUGUUGAACCAUUUAUGAGAAAGAUUACAAUUACAAUACGGUAUGUUAGUCUUGGCAUUAGGCUCUGCUCCUUCCGGGUAGCUCUCUGCCAGAGCAUCAUGUUACGGUAAUAACAACAACAGGCAGAGAACAAGGUACCAAUCCCCCCUUGCAGGAAGGAAAGACAGAACCAAACAGGAAGUAAAACCCGUUACACUAACAGCAUGUCACCAAAUAACACCAGGGCAUUGCUUGGUGCAUGAAUUACCAUAUUAACGUAGAGUGAUGAUCUAAUUGGUGCAAAAUCAACUGAUGUCGUCAGCUGAUGCAACACUCAGGUUUCCUGAGCUGAACUGGCUGUGCUUGAUUUAAAAAAAAAAAAAAAUGUUACACUUUGACCUCUAUAUUUUUUUUUGUUGAGUGGUGACCUUAUGUUUGUUUUUUUGCAUCUAUGGCCUAACUGGUUUGAAACAGAAAAACUUUCCAAAGCUGGGAGAGUAAUGGUUUUCCACAGAAGACUUACAGACAACUACAGUACCAGUCAAAGUUCGGACACACCUACUCAUUCCAGGGGUUUUACAUUGUAGAAUAAUAGUGAAAACAUC